AUGGUUAAAGCACCUACCCCAGAAUUGAGAAGAUACAUGGACAAGCGCCUGAUGCUUCAGUUGAAUGGCAACCGACGAGUCACGGGUGUACUUCGUGGAUACGAUCCCUUUAUGAACAUUGUUCUCGACGAUGCCGUCGAAGAGAUUAGCGCGUCUGAAAAGAACCAUAUUGGCAUGAUUGUUAUUCGUGGUAACAGCAUUAAUCUUAUGGAAGCCAUGGAACGUAUCUGA